GCGCAGUGGGUGUUACAGGAAAACAAAAAGUGAGCAGUGUCGCCGUCUGUUUCAGCAGAAAGCUUUAGUAUCUACAGUGGGCUAUUAAUAUCACCAUGCCGAGCGCUCUGUUGUUUCUUUUAUUGUUUCCGAAUACGUGGUUUUGUCUUAUCGAGGGAAAAUCACUCGAAGCAGAUGAAACGUGUGUUGGGAUGCGGAGAGAAGAUCACUCCUACGACUUCGACCUGCCCGAAGCCGUGACCUUGAACGUGCAAAACGACAAAUGUGAUCUAGAGUGGACCACUGAUCAGUCCUUCACAGCAAUCCUGGAUGGAAAUUCUACAUACUUUGCUCUUCCCUUCAAAAAAGUAACUCGUCACGGAAUCACUGUGAAUUACUGUCCAGUUUCAGUCACAUUCCAUGCCAGUUGUCCUAUUUACACCAAGAUGCUCACAUGUUCUUGUACCAAUUCUACCGACGACAAUCCAGUUUUUAACACAUCUCUGCCAUUUGGAGAUAUAUCAUCCUCUCGUUCGUCAAAGAGACAACACUAUUGUGUCUUUGCUGUUGCUGCCAUGUUUGCCAUAAGCCUUGUUAUUUUGGCUUUCUUCAUCUGCAGGACGUACAGAGCCUCAGCUGAUGAACGAAACCAUCCUGCUUAAGUAGAAUUAACCUGGAGGCAUCUGUACUUGCCCAACAAACAACAAUACAUGACGUGGAGUCAUAAUGAUACAUUAUCCUAUAUACAAUUAAUACACUCUAUAUUAUAAUUAUAUGAUGUUAUAUUAUAUUAUAUUCAUUACAGAGCUCGACAUUAACGCUUGUCCGGAACAAAAAGGGGCAAGUGAAAGAGAAUUUUACUUGCUCGACCAGACAAGUAGCCUGAUUAAAAUGUUAAUAACAAUAAUAAUAACUAUUAAUCACCAAAACGCAAGAAUGAUUCUGAUUUUAUUACAUUUGGAGUAAGUGGCAAUCGAUAAAAAGAUAAUAAUAAUAUGUAUAAUGUACUGACGGUAACAAUGUUGCCGUGGCGCACCCUCUCGAGAGUAGGCUAAAUUAAAACAAAUGAGCGCAAUUAAUUAACUCAAUUAAUAUACUGCGGUAAAAAAUCAAAAUGUAGAGUUUUUAUAUUUAUAACAUAUGAUCCAGUUAAGCAACAUCACACGACUUCCUGAAUACCAUCACGAUUGAAAAUGUGACACCGAUUUCAUACGACAGUUAAGCAGUAGUUAAUAUUAAGUCACUUACAUUUUAGAGGUAAUAUUAACGGUUUAUGUUUUAUUUCAGUAGCGAAAAUAGCUCCAAACAAAUAUCACAGCAGAACCAUAGCGCAUCUCACAGCAACACUCAACCGUGUUUUCACUACUAAAUGAAUCAACCGUUUGAACGAAUCGUUUGAAUAAAUGACUCAAUGACUCACUUAAGACAGUCAAUUGCCGCCACCUGGUGGUUUAGUUUAUUUAUUAUAUUAUUAUAGACCAACAACAUUGGGAUUUCAACACUGUCAGUAUCACUCCGCUUAUCUGUGUUUGCACGUUCCAUUAUUGGUGGAGAUUUUUCUUUGAUGUAUGUUUUUAAUGUAAACUUCUCCAUUUAAAUACUUUGGUCAGUUCAAGAAUAAUUUAUGCAAUUUUAUAUUACUCAUUUGAAAGAAUUAAUAGAGCAGUUUCAUGUCUAUCCUUGUAUUGUUAAACUUUUCAUGGUUGAAAUGGAAUUUAGAAAGUAAUUAGUAAUAAGUAAUGCAAUACUUUUUAGAGAGUAAUUAAAAAUUAUAUUAUAUUAUAAUAUAUUAUAUUAUGAAGGCUAACGUAAAUGUUUUAAGUUUGUAUUUCCUCCCAGAAUGGCAGAAGGCACCUAAUUUACAAUAGUUCCCCGACUCUUCAGUUUGUGUUACGUGUGGAAUAUUCACAAGAGGUCACUGUCUGCACAGUUUAAAACAUUACCUGUAAUUUUACAUGUAUGAUUUGGAUUUAUGUUGUGGUUAACUAGCAUAUUGGUGGUGUGUUGUGUCAAUGUAGCCUUCUUGUUUGUUUUCGCUCAUGUGUUAUUUGUUAUCUUGUUUGUUUCCUACUGUAGGUCUGGGCAAUCAUUUUUCGACUGUUACUGUUGUCUUGUUCUGUAGCUAUCAUUUACUCUUGGUGUCUUGGGUUAUUCUGAAACUGCCAUUAAACUUUGCGAAUGGUUCUUCUCAA